GCGGGGCCGACGCCCUGGAGAGAGCAGUUGGAGGCUCCGACACCAGGGUUCCAGGCGCCCGGAUCUGCAGUGAGGACCAGACACCCCUGAUUACAGGAUGUGCUCCCUCCCCAUGGCGAAAUACUACAUAAUCAAGGAUGCGGAUCAGAAGGCGCUGUACACUAGAGACGGCCAGCUGCUGGUGGGCGACCCCGACACCGACGACUGCAGCGCUGAGAAGAUCUGCGUACUUCCUAACAGAGACCUGGACCGGGCCAAGGUCCCCAUCCUCCUGGGGCUCCAGGGAGGGAGCCGCUGCCUGGCAUGUGUACAGACAGAAGAGGGACCUUCCCUGCAGCUGGAGGACGUGAACAUCGAGGACUUGUACAAGGGAGGCGAACGGGCCAUGCGCUUCACCUUCUUCCAGAGCAGCCUGGGCUCCGCCUUCAGAUUGGAGGCAGCCGCCUGCCCUGGCUGGUUCCUCUGCGGCCCGGAGGAGCCCCAGCAGCCCGUGAGGCUUGCCCAGGAGAGCGAGCCCUCAGCCCGCACUGAGUUCUACUUUGAACAGAGUCGGUAGGGAGGCAGGAGGCGGAGUCCAGCCUGUGCCCCCAAACCAAGCUCAUCCCACUUGUGGUGGGCAGAAUAGUGGCCCACCAAGAACAUCCCCAUCUUCAGCCCCAGAAUCUCAAUGUGUACCCUUAGCAAGUGUGAAGGCACUUAGCAAGUGUGCCUCGGUUAAGCAUCCUGAGCUCUCUGGUGGGCCUGUGGUCACCACAGGGGACACAUGAGAUGGAGGCAGGAGGGUAAGGGGCAGAGGGGGAUUGGAGGAUGUCAUGCUGCUGGGUUUGAGGAUGGAGAAGGGAGCCACGUGCCACCCAAGCAGGUGUUUCUGGUGGCUGGAAAAGGCAAGGGAAGAGAUCCUCCUCAGAGUCCCCAGAAGUCCCUGACACCCUUUCAGACUUCUGACCUCCAAAACAUGAAAAAGAAUAAACUUGUGUUGUUUUAAGCCACGGAGUUUGUGGUAAC